UGAAGAAAUUAAGUCUUUUAUAUGUUUUAAAUGCAUGCGCAUGUAUAUAAAUGUUGACGGCAGUUUCGUAUUUAUUUUGAUUACCCCGACAUGGAUUUUUUGUUUGUGGCAUUGAUUUUGACAAUAUCUGUGGGUGUGGUGCAGCCGGCAGCUGUCGACCCGUGUGCUGCAGACGCCGACCAAGUCAAUGUCGGCCCGGUGCGUGUGGAUCCAGGCAACUGCGCUGGCUACGUGAUGUGCGAACAUGUCGGCAAUUUCAAGCGAACUCACUACAAGGGAUGUAAACCUGGACUUAUCUUCGACCCGGUGCCCCUCUGGUGUGAUUAUUGUAACAAGGUAGAUUGUGGCACUCGACCUCUCCCUGACGGCCACUGCGAAGGACUCAUGAGUUCGGUGAACGCGACAACCACGGAGACCCCACUCCCGCCUCCAGAUGAGCUCUUGGGCGAUAGUUGCAAAGACAUUGAGCAACUGGUCAGAUAUGUUAUAACAAACAACACCAAUGCAUUCUACCGCCUGAACAAUGGCCGCUUUGAAUACGUCAGUUGCGGGCCUUGGAUGUUCUCUCUUAGUAUAUGUAACUGCGACGCACCAGGCGCUCAGUCUUUGCUAUACAAGGAAGGACUGAAGAUUUCUGUGGUAUCUGGAGUAUCUGGAGGUAUAUUCCCUAUCGUGUACGACUUUGAAGGCGAUUUCAAAGCCACACGGCCCGGACACAACCGAGUGUGGACGGGAGUUUACGACCAGGCCUACAUCGUACCCGGCGGAAUUGUCCACAAGCGAGCCGCCAUGUUUAAAGAAGGCCGUAUGGAAAUUCCCUAUUUUCAAAAUACAUUUUUCGAGCAACUGACGGUCGCUUUUUACUAUAAGCGUUCCUCCAAGGCGGGCAGUGGAACAAUGGGCCUGGUGAACAACGGUCGCUCAGCCCUGCAGCCUUCCAUCCAGAUUUUCUGCGAGAGGACCUACAUCCGGGCAUCUUUGUUAACUGACGUGACGACAUACGAGAUACAGCACAGGGACAGAAGUAAUCCAUUAGAAGCUGAUGUUUGGCACCAUGUGGCGUUUGUUUAUAACACAACGAGUCUGGAACUGUAUGUGAACGGCACGGGGAGAGUGGAGAUUGAUGUUGAAGGUAACAUGUUAAGACGUCCCCAGGCGUCCAUGGUGGUAGGGCGGGACUAUUAUAUAGACGGGGACUUGGGACAAGGAACUUCCAGCUUCGUAGGAAUGAUGGAUGAUUUACGGUUCUAUGACAGAGCAUUGGACGACGACGAAGUCAUGGCACUGUUCGAAUCGCGCAAUGGGAAUAAUAAAACAUAGGAUGAAAGGUCGCAAUUCAAGAGCUAUUUGUAUUCGUAUCACCUUUUUCUUGAACAACAAAUGCGUUAAUGAUGCACAGUUCUGACUUUUUACCCACGCAGAAUGUUGCUAUGGUAACACUGUCACGCACUCAAAGCAUGAUUGGAAUUGUACUGGAUUUAGUUUUAUUUAAUAGUUUUCUAUAUAUGUCAAUGUGUCUGGACUGUACUAUUCAAAUAUGCAGGCUGCUUUGACUCUUGAAUGUUAUAAUGGAUCAUGGCGUCAUAUUUUUACCCUUUUAAUUAAAAAAGUUAAUGCAUGCA